AUGAGAGCGCCUUCCUCAGCCAUCCAACAUGUGGAGCAUACUGAUGAUGACCUUGCCAAACUCAUCUCCGAUGCAGUUGGACAAGCUAUGAGAGACAUAUUAGCAAAUCUACCUCAGGCAUGCGCUGCAUACAAACCUCGGACUCGACACUAUACUCAUGAUGACGGAAUGGAAGCCAAUACAGAAGAGGACAAUUACAGAAGCAAACUGAAGAAGAUCAAGGGAAGGCCCAAGUGUCGUCUGGGAAUAAGAAAUGAAUUCCUUUGGACGAUUCAAGAGCACGGUCUUUUACUCACAUACCGCAAUAAACUAGACUGUGACUUCUAUGAUGUGCCCACACCUGAAGAAGUAGCUGCAUUUGAUCCUACCCAAGGGCCUUGCUGUAUGGUGGAACACUUCUGCAUGGAUAGCUUCUUAGAGGCUCAUGCAAAAUAUAGAGAUAAGACAGAAGAUGAAGUAGAGAGUGCAUGGAUGACACACCUGGCCUAUCUCAGAAAUGUGUAUCAGCGACAGACUGUGAAGGCUCGAAAUAUUGAGGCUGACAAGCAACAUCAUCGUCGCAAGGAGCAUCAAAUGCAGAUGUAUUAUUGCCGCAUGGGUGUUGCUGAAGGCUGCCGCCACCUGCGUAAGGAUGGACUUACCAUCAUCAAAGAGUUGGGCAUUGAUGGCAUGAGCUCAGAUGAGUUCAAUCAUCCACCAGGGAACGGCAUACUGGUCUACCAGGUCCAAGUCAAACAUUGGCAUUCACACAAGAUAACAGACUUACUGCAAGCUUGUGAUGCCCUGCAUCUGAGGAUGAGAUAUGGUGGAGACUGGGAUGUGUCACCUGGGGCAUGGCCUCACCUCUGUGUUCCAUCACUCAAGCACAGCACCAGGAGCCCCUUCAUGAGACGUGUCACCCGAGGUGGGCCCAAAUGA